AUGUCCCUGACGCCAUCACUUAACCGUUCAGCUAUUCGUUCAAGAUACAAAUACUUUGCUGUCCUCCUUGUCAGCUUUGCCAUCCCUCUCAUUUAUCGCACCGCCUAUCCGUACACAGGAAGCAUCUGGCAAACCCCCACCGUACAACCAACCACACAAGCCGCAAGCAUGGGUUCUGAUUCCUCACGUCCCAAAAGUUCUUCACGAACACCCGUUUACUUCCUCGGCAUUGGCGGGCCCAACUUCAUGGAAAAUACGGAGCAUCCUGCGUAUUCUAAACUAGCGGCAAUCGGGCAGGAGAUCACGACGAAAGUCAAGCCAAAGGCAGUGGUCGUCUUCUCGGCUCACUGGCAAGACGGCCCGAGCAAGGUAAGUAUCAAUGUCGCCGAGCAGACGGAUAUAAUUUAUGAUUUCUACGGCUUCCCACCGCAUUACUACGAAUACAGGUUUCCGUACAAGGGGAGCCCGGAGGUUGCUGAAAAGGUAAUUGAGAAGCUAUCGGCUGCUGGUAUUGAGGUUGAGAAAGUGAAAAGAGGUCUUGAUCAUGGCGUGUGGGCGGGCUUCAUAGUUGGGAUUCCCUUGCUGACACUGACAGCUUUUGAUCCAAAGAAGAACCCUCUGAAUGUACCAAUCGUGCAAGUCUCGCUGUUCAACAACGAGGAUACCGAUGAACAUUAUCGAAUGGGCCAGGCACUGGAAGGCCUACGAAAUGAAGGUAUUUUAAUCGUUGGCGCGGGAAUGGCUGUGCACAAUUUGCGUGACUUCCGCGCCAUACGGGACACCGGGAAGACCAUGCCUUACACUUUCAGCUUUGAUGAGGCAUUGAAAGAGGCUGCCAGUGCAGAGCCAGAGGAACGUCAGGCGAGGAUGUUGGCUUUGAUGGAGCGAAGUGACGCCCGGAAGGCACAUCCAAGCUUGGAGCAUAUUCUUCCGAUUCAUGUUGCUGCGGGUGCUGCAGGCUCGGAUAUCGGCCAACAAUUGUGGACUUUUCCAGAAUUGAGUCUGAGUUGGGCGCAGUAUCGUUUUGGGAAGGUUGAAGCAGCGUAA